UGGACUAGACCUUGUACAUGUUCUAAUCGUUUGGCCCAUUAACCCCACUCACAUUUCAAUUAAGUUCCGACUCGCCGUCACCGGUGAUCGACCCUAAAGAGAUAAUGAAGUUCACUGACUCGCCAGUGAUCGACCUUAAAGUUCUCGAUUCUCACUUAGCUUUCCAUCAAGACAAUGGAUCUAUGCAUGUCGGCACCAGUGUAUGGCCCUGUUCUCUAGUACUCGUCAAGUUCGCCGAACGGUGGCAUCCUCAAACAUGCGCCGUCACCCCAAAUCCCUAUUCCGACAUCCUUAACUUUCAAAAUAAGCGCGGCGUCGAGCUUGGAGCCGGCUGCGGAGUAGCAGCCAUGGGGCUUUUCUUAUUGGGUUUGAACAACGUCGUUAUCACUGAUAUUGCUCCGGUUAUGCCGGCCCUAAAGCACAAUCUUAAGCGAAACAAGCCUGUUUUGAAGAAGUCUCUGAAAACGGCUCAGUUGAAUUGGUCUAAUCAGGAUCAGAUAAAGUCUCUCGGCCCCCCGUUUGAUGUUGUUGUUGCUGCCGAUGUGGUGUACUUGGAGGAGACGGUGGGUCCGUUGCUAUCGGCUAUGGAAGCUUUGGUGGGAGAAAACGGUGUCGUUUUGUUGGGGUAUCAGCUGAGAUCUCCCGAGGCACAUGAGAAGUUCUGGGAGCUUUGUGGGGAGAUGUUUGAUGUCGAGAAGGUUCCACAUGAGCAUUUACAUCCAGAGUACGCGUAUGAGGAGACAGACGUUUAUAUUUUCAGGAAGAAGAAGAAACUAUAGGACCCUCCUUCGAAUUUUUGUUGUCUUAACAGAAAGGAUCGUCUAUCUAGUGUCCAACUGCAGAACACCAGGCAGGAGGAUCGUCUAUCUAGUGUCCAACUCCAGAACGCCAGGCAGUAGGAUCGUCUAUGUAGUGCCCAAAUAUAUAUAUAUAUAUAUAUAUAUAUAUAUAUAUAUAUAUAU